UCCAGCCUUCGUCAUGGGAGCUUCCAGGCUGGUUGGGUUGAUGGCACUUGCUUGCAUCUGGUUUCACAAAGUUGCUGCUCAGAAUCUUAUAAAAAACCCUAGAGACCAGAAAACUGAGCACACGCUUUUGAUUAACGAAGUUAAUGCUGACAGCCCCGGAGAGGACACUUCUGAAUUUGUGGAACUCUAUCACACCAGUGGUCGAACUGCUUACUUAGAUGGCUACUAUCUGGUAUUCUACAACGGCAAUGGAAACCAAGCCUACAAGGUGUUGAACCUCCAGGGCAAAGUCACUAACAGCCAAGGGUUCUUCCUCAUUGGCUCCUCUUCCUUAAACCCUGCUAUGGUCAUUCCUAAGAACACCAUCCAGAAUGGCCCUGAUGCUAUUGCUCUGUACUAUGGGAAGGGGAAUUACAAGGAAGGCAUGAGCGUUACAAGCGACGGUCUGGUGGAUGCCUUGGUCCAUAAGAUUAAGAAGACAGACAGAGCAGAUACACUGGUCAGUGUCCUGACCCCUGGUAGAGAUGCUUUCCUGGAGGACUUCACAUUCAGGACCUUGGAUGAGUCAAUUGAAAGAUGCCGCGGGGCCGGUUCUCAAUGGAUCUUCCAGGUGGCCAUGCCCAGCCCAGGCAAAGACAACCACUGCAUCCUGACUUCUCAGCUGAAUGCAUCCACUGUCCUGAUCAGUGAGGUCCACACUGUCUCUUCUUCUGAGGACUUUGAGUACAUAGAGCUCCAGGGUCCCCAUUCCGCCAUGGUGAGGGAUGUGGUUCUGGUGCUAAUCGAUGGACAGACCAAAGAGAUUUAUUUUGCCAUGGACAUUUGUGGCAAAACCUCACCGGAUGGGCUACUUCUAAUUGGUCCAGCACAAAACCAAACCCCAGUGGAUCUGCCGUUCCCACCAAACGCCAGCAGCCCCAUCCUCAGGGAUGGUGCCAGUGCCAUCGCCCUCUACAGAGGCACCAGCAGCCGCUUCCUCCUGGGGAAAUCACUGCCGACGACCGGCCUGGUGGAUGCCUUUGUAUACACGAGCAAUGAGGGACCAGACCCCGAGCUGCUGGAGACCCUGACCCCGGGCAGACCUGCCUACGAAAAAACAUGGCGCCGGCCGGGUGACGUGUCCAUGAGCCAAUGCAACUGCUGCUCUGUGACCAGGGAUUCUACCUCCUUCGUCCUCAGCAGCCCCACCCCUGGCAAGGUCAAUGACUGCCCCAGUAGGCACUUCAGCCAGACCAUCUCCUUCUGCCUCCCUGUGGCAGAUUGCCAGGAGUGGCUCCUGAGGUCAGAGGAGAUCCUGAUGACUCUAGUCCAAGCCCUCGACAAGUCCUGCGACUGUGGAAUCUCCAUCGCCUACUUCAAAGGCAGUUCUCUGCUUGCCUUUCCAGAUUCCAAGGCAGUCUGCCAGGACCUGGGGCUUGCGUUCAGUGCUCUGCUAACGGCCAGGUCAGAAGACCAGCUGAGCAGCCUGCUGCUAGACUUCAGAACCUUCCUAGAGAGCCCCAGAGUUUUGAGUUUUGACGGGAAGAACAUCACAGCAGAAAGCUCCUGCUUCAAGGACAUGAAUGCGUCAGAAUUACCUCCAGGUGUCCCAUCAGAGAUACCAGAAGGGACACAAGAGCCCUCUGCACAAGUGGCCAAGCUACUCAUUAGUGAGAUAAACCCAGACAACCCAGGAGGAAGAGAAGACACAGAGUACAUCGAACUCUUCUACACUGGACGGAGACACUUCGACCUUCAGGGAUACUGGCUGGUCCUCUACAAUGGUAAAAAUAACCUGGCCUACCGGGUGUUGGACCUGUCCGGGCAUCAUACAAAUGAGCUGGGGUUCUUCCUGGUGGGGAGCAGUGCUGUGAGCCCAGCACCCAUGAUCAGGCUGCCCUCAAACACCAUCCAGAACGGGGCGGACGCGGUGGCCCUCUACUACAGCAACACCACCUCCUCCUACAAGGCGACUGCGGCGGUGACGGCGCGCGGGCUGGUGGAUGCGGUGGUGUACACCUCCCGACCGUCGGAAAAGGCGGACCGCCUGAUCCAAGUGCUGCUGCCAGGGCAGAGCAUCCUGUACGAAGACGAUUCCCAUAGCCCUGAAGACGAGUCUCUGAGCCGCUGUAACAGCCUGAGCGCAAAACUGCAGAGCAGCUUCCAGGUGACCGUGACGACGCCGCUCGCAGAGAACUCCUGCAGCCCCUCCGCAGCUCUGCCUCCUCGCGCCUCUGCCAUCCUCAUCAACGAGCUGUGCCUCGUUAACGGCACUGCUCCCUACUGCUUCGUGGAGCUGAAGGGGGAGCCCGGAGCCAGCCUGAAAGGACACAACCUGGUCCUCUUCUCCAAGAAGGGGGGCAAAGUG